GACCCGCCGCCCCCCCAGCCCGGCCGCCGCCACCAUGAGCAGCAGCGCCCAGUGGGACAGCAAACAGGACAAGAAGCUCCUGAAGCCCUUGAUGGAGAAGCGGCGCCGGGACCGUAUGAACCGGAGCCUGGAGCGACUCCGGCUCCUCCUCCUAGAAGCCACCCAGGACGAGAGACUUAAAAACCCCAAAGUUGAAAAGGCCGAAAUUUUACAAAAAACAGUCCACUUUGUGAGGACCCAGCCUCCUGCAGAGCCGGCGAGGCAAGAGGAGACCUUUCUGCGGAGGUACCAGAGCGGCUAUCGGGAAUGCCUGAGCCAGGCCACACGUUUCCUCCACUCCAGCCCUGGCAUCUGCGCAGGCAAGAAGGCCUAUCUGAUGGAGCGCAUCUGCCACUCCAUGGGAAAAAUCACCCCCCGGGACCUGCCGACGGGCAGCCCCUCCUCCAACCCGGCCCAAGGCCGGCACGCCCGCGACGCCUUGCCCAGCUGCAGCCCGCCGCUCGGGGACGCCGCCUGCGUCCUGCACCCUGCCCCGGCCUUGCCCGCCGGCCACAGACUGCAGACCCUCGCGGCCGGCCGGCCCCAGCUGGAGAACUGCCCCAAAGGCCCGCGGGACAAGCUGACCGGCUCACAGAACUCUGCUGGCCAGCCCCAGGGGCUCAAUGUCUGGAGACCAUGGCCAUAGGGGCCGGGGACCCCCUUGUAAAUCCAUAGAGUGUAUAUUAGAUUCUCUAUAUAUUGUAUAUGAGGAGGUUUAUGGGGGUGGGAUCUUUGGGGAGGGGUGUUUUGGGGGGGAAGGAGGGGUGCGUGGUUACUGCAACUUCAUAAUAUUUUCCUUGAAGCCCCAGCGAGGAUGGGUUUUCCUUUCAAAAAGAAAAAUCACCUGCCCAAAGCAGCCGGCGAAUCAAGGUGCUGAUUCCCCCCCCUGCCCCCCCGGCCGCCACUUGAUUUUUUAAAGAUGCUGUUAUGGGUCGGUGAGAAACGGGGCGGGGGUCACGUCCCUUUUUUGUCUACCUCAGACCAAACCCUGAGAGUCCAGAGGCUUAGCCAGCUAACCCUAGACGUUAAAAUAAUAUCCAAGAGCAAGAUAAUAGAUCGAAAGCCAGAGCUGGGGGGGGAAGGGGAGAGGAGUGGGGGUAUUUCCCCCCCCCUUGUAUAUAUACAUUUCCCGCCCCCCGUUCCCCAUCUGUGUAUUUCUGAAAAAUAAAAAUUCGAAUGCGGACUCUG